CUUGCAACGGACAGAGAAGUUCGCAGUCAACGAAGUCGGGCGAUGGAGGACGAAGCACGCAUCGAGAUCACGAGCGCGGACGAAGCGCGGUACCCGCUCAAGCUCAUGGAGGGUCGCUUCCACUGCAGCUGGGAGCUGCCCGACAACGUCCUCGCUGAGAUCUACGUCGACGACCAAGCCUCGGCGUGGCCGGUGACCCACGAUGGCCGCUUCAAGGCGCUGCUUGCGCUGCCGAGCAUUGGCCAGCACGAGGUGUGCAUCAACAUUGCCGAGACAUACCACAUCCUCUCGAUGGACUAUGCGCCGGCGCCAGCGACGCACCACGUGCGUGUGUACUGGGCGUCGGACGGCAGUCGCGCCGAGGCCGGCCUCGCCAAGGUCCGCUUCUUUGCCAGCGUCCUGCAGACCGCGUUUGGCGCCUUGACCGGCUCGGCAUCGUUCUCGCUCGAGGUUGACGACCACGGCCAGCCGCGCGUGCAUGCGCUCGACGCGGCCGAUGCCAGCCAUGCGGACGCAGCGAUCAAGGCGCUGCCCGACUACGCGUCGACGUUGACGACGACGACACACUUGGUCCUUCUCGACGGACCGCUCAGCGACGAGCUGUGCACGGACCGGUAUGCGUCGCUGGUCGUGCUCGGCGUGCACAACGUGGCGCAGUGGCCCGAGAGCGUUGGCAGUCUCAACAAGAGCUUCCUCGACAAUGACCAGUACACGGCCGCACUCAGUCACGGUCUGCACCAGCUCGGCCAUGCGUUUGGCUUGGGCCACACGCGCGACGGUGUCAUGGCGCUGCCCGCCGGUCGCCACGCGAUCGAUCACCUCCUCAGUGUCUACACGCGCAAGCCAAAUGCGCGCGUGCCCGCCUACUCGAGAGCCUUUCCCGACGGCAAGCUCUUUGUCAACUAUGCUGGCGUCGACACGGUCCCGGGCCCGAGCCCGUUCUGGCACGCCGCAUCGCAUUUGCGCCUGCAAAUGAGCCCGUUUGUGUUUGGCGCCCCGGAGCGCGUGCCCACGAUGGCGCCCAAGGUGCUCUGGCCCGGGCCGCUGCGGGGCCCCGUCGGUCUCGGUGGCCAUCUUCCAUUUGGCAGUGACUCCCGCGGUCGGUCGGAUAUUGCCGGGUUUCUCUUCCACGCCGACGCGUCGCAUGUGCUCGACAUUGAGAUUCUGAGCCAAAGCGCGCUCAACGACCUGCUCUUUGCCGGGCUCUCAGCCAGCGGCAAUCAAGAUAUGUUUUUGCUCAUGGACCACGAGUACAUACUCCAGAUGGACGUGACAGUCGCGAACAAAGGCCAGACGAUUGCGGCUCUGCGCUUCCAUACUAACCUCCGCACGACGCGCUUCUUUGGUGGGCGCGGCGGCGGCCUCGAGACGCUCACGCCGCCGCCGGGGCACCACUUUUACUCUCUCUUUGGCACGUCGUCGAGUGCCGGCGUCGGGAGUCUGGGCGCGUACUAUACGGCGUUGCCGCCCGAUGCGUCGCGCCCCGGGGCGCCGACAAGCACGGCCACGUCGGCCACGCCAAUCGCGAGCAUGGCCGACCAGCUGUUGCAGCAGUUUAACACGCUCUUCAACUUGACGCCGCCGCCUGCGCCGGCGAGCGCGGCGUCCGGCUCGUUUGCGACCAUUGGCCUUGGCUCGAACGACGGCGACCAAGACGCCUUUGUGACGCCGAGAGGACACCUCGGUGCGAUUCUGCUCUCGUGCACGGACGCCAUUGCGAGCCUCAAGACGCUGUCGGCCACGGAAUAUGCUAGCAAGUGCCGGGACGGCUACUAUUGCUCGGACGACGAGCAUGUCUUUUCGCUUUUGCCGAACGAAGUGAUCAUCCAAGUCGACGUGCGCUCGAGCGAGUGGAUCCAUGCGCUGCGCUUCCACACCAACCGGCGCAUCUCGCCGUGGUUUGGCGGCGAUGACGGCGUCGAGAAUGCCUUUGUGUGUGCAUCCGACGCGUGCAUUACGGGUUUUUACGGGUCGCACGGCCAUCAGUACCUCGGCACGCUCGGCGCCUACUUUGGUCCUGCGCCCCAGGGCGCGCCGCCGGCCAGCAUCAGCCUGCACCCGCCACCGACGCCGCCAUCCGCCGUGCGCGACGAUGCGCUUCUCGGUGUCCAAAUCGACGUUGCCAACGGCCAACUGGCGCUCGCUGCGGUGCACGCGCUUGCCGAGACGGCGUCCUUGUCGCCGUCGCAGUCGCUCUUUCUGCUUGAGCGUGGCGAAGCGCUCGUUCAAGUCGACGUGUGCCGACGCGGAGAAGACGACGCGACGAUUGUCGGUCUCUGUCUGCAUACGCAGACGCGCUGCAGUGCGUUCUAUGGCCGGCUCACGGACGUCUACGAGCGCUUUGGGGCCCCGAAUGGCCAAGCGAUUCUCGCAGUGACGAUGGACGACGCAUCGAAUAUGCAGCUGACGUUUGCGCCACUGCUCGACUGCGUGCGUCCUGACGAUUUGGCGAUGACGGCGGGUGUCGACGCUGGCGCCGACCACUUGGAGGUCGUUGCUCCGGACGGACACUUUAUGCUGGUGCUGCACCAAUCCAUCGGUGGCGACCUCGUGGCUGUCGCUGUCGUCCACGAUCAGAACCGGUCGACGACGCCACCGCGCAGCAUGUACUACCCCGUCUCGGUGCUGCAGAAGCGCGUCGACGGUCCACUCGGUGACUAUGUCCUGGAGGUCGUUGACGAGACGGGCAGCGCGUGCCGGGUCCGCGUGCCGUUGUAAGCCUCUCGGUAGCCGUCAGACUUUAGGUAAACAAACCACAAAUUGCAUUUUAUAGCUAUGAGACAAGGGAA